AUGGUCUAAUUACUAUCAAUUUCAUCCCCAUUUUCUAGCCAAAUUCAGACAUCACACGGCAGCAAACUAAUCAAGCUAAUUCUACCUUAAUCAAGCUUAAAAACAAUGGUUUAAGGCUGCCACAUACCAGAAUUUUCUAGCAAGAACCGGAGCUAGUAGGUUGGGGAAGGCCGGCCAGAUUUGCAGGGGAAAGCUCACGGAACUACCCAAAAUUGGAGGAACAAGAGCAAUUAAAGUAAACCCAAGCCACUUCAAGGAAAAACAAAGGGAUUUAAUGGUUGUUUCUUACCCAAAACCCAAGCAAUUCGCCCCCACAACAAGAGUAGCCGGCGGACAGAGCAAAGCAGAGCAGAUCCGGUUUCUGCAGAGAGGGAGGGGAAAUUUCUGGGUUCCAAAUCAGGUUCUAGAACAAGAAAGGAAGGGGAAAAUACCAAGCUUCCUUACCAAUUUUCCAAGGCAUGGCUGGGUUCUCUUUUUUCUUUGUUCGGCUGCAGAGGGGUUAUUUGGGAUGAAAAGUCAUGAUUGUCAUGUUUUCAUGCAACGACUAAUUCCAGUUGCUUUUCGUGGUUUAUUGCCAUCUACUAUUUGGGGUCCUUUGACCGACAUUAGUAACUUCUUUCGUUCACUUUGUUCCCCGGUCAUUAAAGUUACUGAGAUGCAGAAGUGGGAGGCAAAGAUUGUUGAAAUAAUUUGUAAGUUAGAAAUAAUAUUCCCCCCAGCAUUCUUUGAUUCUAUGAAACAUCUAGCAAUUCAUCUUCCAUAUGAGGCCAGAGUUGGUGGUCCUGUUCAAUUUCGUUGGAUGUACCCAUUUGAAAGGCACAUGCGCAAACUUAAGAGUACCAUAGGGAAUAAAAAUCAUGUCGAGGCAUCAAUUGUUGAGGCAUUUAUAUUAUACGAGAUAUCUCACUUUUGCUCUCGUUAUUUUGGGGAUGAUGUUGAGACAAGCUGGAAUCAGCCUCCAAGGAACUAUGGUGGCAUUGGAACCAAUGUUCCAGGAGCCACCAUUAAUUCUGCAGAUGAAACUGAUUAUUAUGGUGUCUUAAAAGAGGUGAUCGAGUUAUUGUAUUAUGGACACUCAGGCCAUCAAGAGACUAUAAUUUUGUUUAAUUGUGAUUGGUAUGACACGAACCGAGGAAUACGUGUCAAUGUUGAACACGGAAUUGUUGAUAUCAAUCCAGGGUUUAAACUUUCAACGAGGGAGCCAUUUUGCCUUGCUAGUCAAGCACAACAAGUUUAUUAUACUCCAUAUCCGGUAGCCACGGAUAGAACUAUCCGGGGAUGGUUGGCAGCAUGUAAAAUCAAAUCUAGACAUCUAAUUGAGACCUUAUCUACCUCAUCUUCAGGAGAGGUUGAUGAUAUUUUUCAAGAUGAUGACCCCUCCAUAGUGCAAGGCUCUUCAUUAGCUAUAGAUUUAACUGCAUACCAAUCACUUCAACUAUGUGCAGAAGGUGUUACAGAAGUUGAGGUUGAUGCUAAUACAUCUGAAGAAGAGGAGGACUAUGGAGAAGAAAAAGAUUCAGAAUCCUCAAGAAAUAGUGAUAAUGUUGAGGAUGGUGAUGAUAGCGAUGAUAGUUUAGCAAGGAGGAGAUCUUCCUCCUCAGGAUCACAAGAGCAACACAAUUUUAAUCACCCACAGCUAUUUACUGAUAGUAGCGUAGCUCCGGAUAUACAGCAAACGAUUGACCCAUUAAUAAAUUAUAAUUUUGCACCUGAUCAUGAGAACGAGGGCCCUUCAUCCUCGACGGGGAAAAAAGGACGGAGCAGGAAUUUCAAAGGAAUACGCCCUCUAGAAAAUAGAGAGAGCAGGAAAUGGGUUAAACUCACUGAUGAUAAGCUCCAGUUUGUUGAUCCAAACAUCCCUCGGGCUAUCACUUCACUAUGGAAGUCACGUUUUGAUGGCCCGUAUUUCACAUUUGAGUGUGUCCCCCAGAGCAAGAUUGCUAAAAUUUAUAAUUGUUUCAAGGAUCCUGCAGAUAAUCGCCAUGUGCGAGAUGCAUUCCUAAAUUGUAUGAAACAUAGAUGGAGUGACAAUCUCAGGGAUGAGAAGUUGAAAUGGGACAAGAACUCAGCCUAUGUCCCAUGUUGGAUCCCAGCUCAUAUAUGGCCUCAACUGCUGACAUAUUGGGACUCUGAUGAAUAUAAGAGGCUCAGUGCAAGGGAAGCAAAGAAUAGGAGCUCUGGGGAAAGGAUUGAGUCUAGAGGUGGUGUGCAACCUCCCCAUCAGGAGAAAUUCAAGGAGACGCACACCUUCAGAAAAAAGGCGGGAAAAGAUCAAGAGCCAUCGUGGAUCAAUGAAAAAGCAAAGUAUCGAUAUGAUACUUAUGUUGCGGAGUGCACAGAUAGUCAUGGCUCUGAUGCUAGUUCGUGGCCACACAUGGAUAACGAGGCAUGGGUUAAGGCUGUUGGAGGUUGCUCAUCUAAUUUCAUGCCAGGGAUUGGCUCCCAAGUAAAUCUAGAGAUGCUGGCCAAUAUGACAGCAGCUCAGAAUAAUAUGAGCCAAACAAUCGCACAGUCUGUUGCAGCAGCUCUAGCCGCUCAUGGCAUCUCCCCUCAGGCAGGUCAUCAUCUAGUUGCCCCACCACAGCCGUCACAUGGUCCUGGCUUAGGUCUUCGCAUGAAUUCAGCUUUCACCUACUCCACUGAUUCUACACAAACCUCUCCUAUGGUCCCUGAAUAUCAGCAGCAGCGGCAAUUUUCGCCUCAAGAUGAUGAUGCAUCCUACUUUUGAUCUAGACUAUCAGGGUCCUUAGUUUUUUUAUUUUUUUGCUACGCACAUUAUCUGCAUACUUUGCAUGGUUAGCUUUAUUUCUAUUAGUACUUUAAAAUGUUAGCUUUAGCUUUAGCUUUUAUUACGAUAUAUUUUCUUAUUUUGCUUGACCUUUAGUGAUCAUACACUUCAAAAGGUAUGAAGUUUUGGACUGCUUUGGAGGUUAACUAUUAUUAACUAAAUAUCGUGGGUAUUU